AUGAGGGGGGCUGCGUGCGUGCGUGCCCUUGGCUGGGUGGCUGACUGGCUGGCUUACUACCCAAUGGAAUCCCACGGCAGCCUCAUGCGAUGUAAUCCUGCCACAGUGAGGGGCGCGUCUGGGCUGAGGCAGAUCUUUGCUCGAGUAGCUUAUAGCAGCAGAGAUUCGGAUUCAGUACGGAGCUACUUCGUCCACCUUUCUCGACCUGGCGACCGACCCAAUCUCCACGACGACUCCGACAUCGCUCUCGAGGGACCCCAAUGUAAAUAAUCCGCGUCGAGGGCCGGACCUCACUACAGGAGCAGACCACUCCAUUGGCACGGAGGAGAAAGCCUGACGAAACAAUAAGAUCACCGCCGCGCACCAUGGCGCCCUCACUAGCCGUCGCAGAACCGCCGCCAGUGAUCAAGCCCUCCGCCAACGUCCCCGUCGCCCAAGCUGCCGAGCCCGCCCGGACAUCGACAUCCUCGGCCGGCCAUGACUACAAGGGCUUCGUCGCCGGUGUCUUCAGCGGCGUCGCCAAGCUCACCGUCGGCCACCCCUUUGACACGGUCAAGGUGCGCAUGCAGACGACAGACGCGAGCCGGUUCCGGGGCCCGCUCGAGUGCGCGAUGCAGACGCUGCGGAACGAGGGCGUCCGGGGCCUGUACAAGGGCGCCACGCCGCCGCUGCUGGGCUGGAUGUUUAUGGACUCCAUCAUGAUGGGCAGCCUGAACGUGUACCGACGACUCCUCUCCGACCGCGUCUACGGCGUCGACAAGGCCGCCCUGCCCUCCGUCGGGCACGGCGUCGCGGGCAUGAUGGCCGGCGCGACGGUCAGCUUCAUCGCCGCCCCCGUGGAGCACAUCAAGGCCCGCCUGCAGAUCCAGUACGCGGCCAAAAAGGCCGACAGGCGCUACUCGGGCCCGCUGGACUGCCUGGGCCGCAUCUACAAGCAUCACGGCGUGCAGGGCGUCUUUCACGGGCUGUCGGCGACGCUCGUCUUCCGCGCCUUCUUCUUCUUCUGGUGGAGCUCGUACAAUGUCAUCUCCAACGCCAUGCGGCGGCACACGGACCUGAGCACGCCGGCCAUCAACUUUUGGGCCGGCGGCUUGAGCGCCCAGGUCUACUGGCUGACGUGCUACCCGAGCGACGUGGUCAAGCAGAGGAUCAUGACGGAUCCGCUGGGCGGUGGGCUGGGCGAUGGGCAGAGGCGGUUCCCGCGCUGGAAGGACGCCGCGAGGACCAUCUACCAGGAGCAGGGCAUCAAGGGGUACUGGAGAGGCUUCCUGCCGUGCUUCCUCAGGGCGUUCCCUGCGAACGCCAUGGCGUUGCUGGUGUGGGAGGGUGUCUUUAGGAGUUUGCCUGGGUGAAGCACGAUACGGCCAGGGCCGAAAAGGGAGAGCCAGGAAUGUACGAACAAGAGGGCACGGGCAUGGAUUGCAUCAUAUAAGGCGAAUUAUACCACCACACAGUCACGAGCACAGGCA